AUGAAUCGCAUAUCCCUAGUCGUUAUCAUCUUCUUAUAUCUAGUUUGUCUGACUGCAAGCGAGAUCAAUCAGUCGGGGCUCACUGAUAAAUCUCGCGCAAAACCCUCCAACCCAGCAACCGGAUCGGAUGCGGAAACUGUCUAUGUCGCGGCUACCGAUAAAGUUCUAUGGGACCAGGCAACUUGCAAAGGGGCUAAAUUACUCUUUGGCACUACACUCAACCCUGACCAAGCCGUCCUACACUGCACGCCACUAACCACCCCAUGGCAUGGUACUCUUGUAAACGAGCUGACUACGUGGGGUUACAACGACAUCAGCGAUGACGAGAACAGGAAGGGAGCUUGCGACUUUAAAACAAAAUAUAGUGGCUUGACACGGGCUUUCGGUGCGCUGGGUAUCAGUAUGCGCGACUAUAAAGAUGGUGGACCUAAUCGCUGUUUCAUGGUCGUUCAUUACAAUGGCCCUGCUGUUGAGAAAAACCCUGAUGGAUCUCUCCCGCAAAAGUCGACACAACAGUACACUGUCAACGGGCGGAGAUACAGGGUAACGGGUGCCCACUUCAUCAUCGGCGUGAACAGCCGAGACGGAUACAUUUUCCUUAUCGAUCGUUCGUCUCCCGAGACCCAGGCCCGCAACCUGUGGAAUAUAGCCCCACAAAUUCCAAUCCCGCGCGACGAAAUGCCUGCCUUGAGAUCCAGUUCCGACAUUGGUUGGGGUUUCUGGAAUAGGGUGAGCGGCCAUAAUUUAGGAGGCAUCAACGCCUUUUUUUCUUUCGAAGUCGUCAAUGAAGAUACUGGGCGCAUUAUUGAAAUGGCGAUGGAGAAAAGUGGUCAUGACGAAGUGCCGCCUUGGCCAGGAGUUCGAUUUGAUUCGGGAACUGAAGAGUACAGGGCUCUUCUGGGAUCACCAAACGGCAUCGCUGCGGGAUAUUUGCUCGCCCAGCACAAGAGGGAAAUCGGAGGCAACAAGUACGUCAGUCACAUCAUUGUCUUCAUGGAAGAUGAUCCCACAGGGUGGCCCAACUUGCUUUUCAAAGUUGAUUGGGCGCCACCUCCACCGCCGCACCCAGCUUCAACACGGGCUUUGCAUGCAAAAAGCAUUGGUGAUAACGCUCAAGAGUUGCAGAAUGAGGAGCCAAAUAUCAUGGAAAGGGCAAAGGUUUUGGGUAGUAGCAGGGAUGGUAAACACAUUGUCAGGGAGCAUGUGAUUCGGGCAAAUUAG